CGUUGACGACACUGCUGUUGACGCAGAGGCUGAUCAAAGAUCACUUGCUUGUUGCAAUAUAUUAUCAAGUGCUUGCAGCGACCGGUCAGUUUAACCAGUUGAGUCGAUAUAGCUAACUGUUUCGCGUUUAUUCGUUCACGGAUCCUACACUGUAAUUUGAUAUCUACCUGCAACCUAUAGUUAAUAAAAUCAUUGAAUCAUCUUCCUUUAUUUUGAAACUUAAGUUUUUUAAUUCAAAAGAUGGCAACAGAAGUGAGUUCAGCCCCAUCAGUGAUGCCGCAGCUGCAGUCAGUACAGAAGGCCAUGGCUCUGCCCACAGUGGGUGCUGCCAUGGGCCAGUUUGGGGCCAUCUACACUAAAGUCAAGGGGGUCCACUCUGUCCUUGACUGGGCGCUGUCUACUGCUGAAGCCAGCGUUGCCCUGGCAGCCACGACAGCUGCCCCCUAUGUGGCUGCACCGUUGGCCGCCGGCGACGCCAAGAUCGCGGCCGCCAUCGAAGCCCUAGAACGUAAGGUGCCGCUCGUCACAGAGGAACCCAAGGUCAUCGUGGAGACCACCAAACAGGCUGUCAUUUCGAGAUUGACUCCUCAUGUAUCUAAGGUGUGCACAGCGCGCGCGUCCGCUGAACAACGAGUCCACUCCCUGAAGGACUUGUCCUGGGCGAAAGCCAACGCUCUGCUGUCCACGGCGUACGGGCAGAAGGCUAUGCACAGCGUGGACAGUGGCGCCACCUACGCUAUGCAGCUGCUAGAUUACUACCUACCCCCUGUUGGCCCGCAACCUGAGCCUAGCACUGAGAUCACACCAAUGGAGACAGACCCCACGCUCCACACAGUGCAGACUGUGGGCAGACUCAGCGCGGUUGCGGCGAGGAGGGUGUGGGCCAACCUGGCGCACAAGGUCAACACGCUCAGAACAGAAGGCAUUGAACUAGACUUCCGUCGCUACGUGGCAGCCCUGUUCGCCGCCCUCCACCUCGCCAAAGUCACCAAUGAAGAGCAGCAGAAGGAGCAACAGCAACAAACGAGUGAGAAGUCCCCUUCGGAGCCCGCGCCCCCCGCGCCCCCCGCCGGCCCCUCCCCCGUGCCGCACCCCUCCGCCGCCCCGACCGCCGCCAACCAACCCGCGGAACACGCCACUUCGGAAAAUUCCAAUAAACAAUAAUUUUUAUAUUCAUUAAUUAUAAUUUUAGAUGUACUCACGCCACAUUGAAGGUAAACUGGUUUUACUAACAGUGUUAUGGCGAUAGCUUUAAGUAUAAAGACUGCCUGAUGAGUCUUAUAUUUUGAUGUAUUUACGGCCGUUGUAUGGCCCUGAUUUAUAUUAAGAUUUUUAAAAUUUUAUACUUCUGAUAAAUAAAUGUAUCUCUUGAUUUUUUAA